AUGAGCUCUUCGGAUGCCGAUUUUGGGGCUGAAGAGAUCACCAAUCAGCGCCUUCUCGUCAUUGAGUGGGAACACUUGAACUUAUGGCGUUUCUACCCGAUGGCCAUUGCCUCCUCGUGGUCAAUCCGAUGUCUUCUAUAUCCAAUGUCCGUAGUGAAAAGCCGACUGCAACUUCAAAAGCAAAAUAAUGUAUACAAGGGCAUGCGGCAUGCGUUCGUGGAAAUCGUUCGCCAAGAAGGUUUUACCGCAUUAUAUCGGGGCUUCUGGAUGACGUUGCCGCAAAUUUCUGCCUCCUUUUUGUACUCAUCGACGUACGAGAGGAUGCGAAAUUUGUUGCAGGUCCAAGUCGGCAUAACUAAUCCUUCUCUGGUCUCCGCGUUAGCUGGCGCUAUCGCCACACCAUGUGCUCAAAUGGUUUUUGUUCCUACGGAUAUUGUUGCUCAACAUAUGAUGGUGUAUAAUCAAGCUAAAAACUUUGCCGGUUCCAGUAAAUCCGGCUCGGUGCACGAGUUUCUUCAGAAAGAUGGUCUCGAAAAGAGACGGACGCUAGGCCUUCGCGUAAUUAGAGCGGUUUAUAAUGUCGAUGGAGCAAAGGGUUUUUAUAGGGGCUUCCUCUCGGCCAUAUUUUUAUAUAUCCCGUCGACGAUGGUUUUCUGGAGUACCUAUUAUAAGGCGUUGCAUGUUUUUAGGGAUUUACGAAUUUACCUCACCACUGCCACAAAUCAAGAGGAACGGGUAGACGAGAAGCUUUUCAUAGAUCAGGCGCUAGCUGGCUCGAUAGGUGGAAUCAUGGCGGCGGUCAUGACGAACCCUCUAGAAAUGCUGCGAAUCCGGUUGCAGGUUCAUCGGACAGGCUACGCGGAAACGAUACGAAGGCUCUGGAAAUACGAGGGUUCUCGUGUUUUUACAAAGGGACUUGCACCCCGCGUCCUCAACAACGCCCUCUACUCGAUGCUCAUCAUGCUUGGCUAUGAAACGGUGAAGAAAACGUGUGUGCUGCCCGAAUACAAAGACAAAGUUGUCUGG